AUGCACUCCUUCGGCAAAGCCGCAGUCAUGGCCAUGGCCCUUGGCCUGGCGGCCACCAGCCAGGCCCUUGAGGCCGUGAUUCUAGCGGACACAAACCGCGACGGAAAAGUUGACGUUCAGUCUGAUGCUGAAGGAAAACAGACCUGGACUGAGGAGCGUGGAGCUCUAUUUAUGGCCAAUAUUGCGGACACGGACCGUCGGUGUUCCAAGACAAUCACAAGCAACACUCCGUUUCCGGAUCUUGAUAAGUGUAACGAUGCUUCUGAUAAUAUUCUACGAAACCCUAAAUUCUUGGCUCCUCUCCAAACACUCCCUAAUACUGGCUUGACUGAUGCGGCCCAAGGUCUGGUAACCGUUUCUGGCGAAUUCGCUAAUGAAAAAGUCCGAAUCUUCCACAAGAACGGCAACGAUUGGACCUACGUCAAUGAUAGCCGAGGAUUCCAAUUCCAAGCUGCUGAGCUCCGCGCUGGCUUAGAGCUCGGCAUUGACGCCCGGGAUGUUCGUCGACCUAAUGGAUGGGAUGGCAGGGUUAAAGUUCACUUUAACGUGACUGACAACGGCGAGUCCGCUGCCGAUCAUGUAGAACUCCGUGCUGCUCCUGUCUUGAUACACCACCACUUGCAAGAGCUGACAGACGUGUACGUUGCUUCCAUCAACAACCACGACGGUGGCACGAGACAGUUUAACGAGUUUGUGGAGAAAUACACGGCCCAGGUGCCCGUCAUCAAGUUUGAAAUAGGAAAUGAUCUCUGGGCGCAGGACACCUUUGAGGCAGGGUACACGAGCAUUCCCGGCCCAGACGGCCCCGUGGUCCUUCGCAUCCUAAUUCGAAGCAGCCAAGUCAAAGGCCUGGAGUCUCGCCUAGAGAGUGGUCGCAGGGUCUUCUCCCAACUGAGAUCUGCAUCCGUCGCAGCGGUCCAGCAUCUGCCUUUUGAAAAGGACAAUCGACCAUGGACCAUAGACUCGCUGGGAAACCUCGAGACUGUCCCUCCCCACAGCCACAAUGGCAAAAACUAUCCUAAUGGCCGAGCCGUGAUGGGCAGUCAUCGAGGCCAGAAGCCGCAUAUGUUUAGUUUUAUCGAGGCCCAGGAGAUUCAACCUCCUAUCGAGCUAGAUACAGACUGGCUCAAGGUUGGCCACACAGACGAAUUUAUGCAGUUCCUACCGGCGAAGAACGAGCGCGGCUGGGUCAUGGUUGUUGAUGACCCCAAGGCUGCUUUGGACCUGUUCAAAAAGGCCCAGAAAGACGGCCACGGCAGCCCGCAGGCCUUAUCCCGUCCGCAUAUGCCCUAUGAUGCUAAAUACUCGCCGUUUAUGUCGUGGGCCUCCACACAGAACGACUGUCUGCCCGAGGAUACUCUCGACGAUGUUCUCAAGAUUCAAGACUUUGAGGAAAGGAACGUGUUUGCUGCCGAGAGAAUCCAGUUCAACAUUGACAUUAUGAAGAGGGAAACUGGCAUCACAGACGCUGACAUUGUUCGCAUUCCCGCGCUGUACUUUCGCUAUGAGCAAGGAUGGAGGUGCGGUAGACCCAAUUACGCCCAGAUGUGGCAGAGGAGGGAAGAGUCUGAACAUUGGCAUGAACUUGCACCCGCGUUUGGCGACGACGUCAUGGAAGAAGAUCAGUUGGAUCGUCGUCGAGUCGACAACCGGGUCGUUGCCUUCUAUCCGGCCGUUAUCAAUGGCGUCGUCUACAACAACGGCCAGUACUUGGCUCCCAACCCGUGGGGUCCCGUCAUUGAUGGAUCUGAUAUUCUUGCUGCUGCUGCUAGUAAGGAGUAUGCCAAGCUUGGUUUCAACAUUACUUAUAUGGAUGAUUGGUUUGACCAUCACAAAAGGGCGGGCGAGACUCACUGCGGCACCAAUGUCAAUCGUGACGCUUCCAAAAAGUGGUGGUAG